UAUAGAGUAAACAAGAAAUUAUAAUUUUAGUCUCCUGCCCCGCAGAAACGCCAAAAGUCUGCGGGCGUCGUUUGCUGACCCUUCGGGAGGCGUCGGCGGUCUCAUCUCCAAGCUUUGACUCAGUUCCGCCCCGCCUCCUGCGACACGACAAAAUGGGUCGACAAGCCAUUAGCGCCACCUUCCCGCGAUCACUUCCACCGUUCCUCACAAUUCAGUCCAUGGGUGGCGUCUUAUUCCCCACGUGCGUCCUUUUAUUCCACAGCCCCUAUGGCUAUGGGACCCACCCCUGACGCCCUCCGGCACCUGGCUAUAUAUACCCAAAGACUGCAUGCAUGGUUAUGGUCAUAGGCAAACUUCACAGUUUUUUUAUUGCUCAGAACACAAACGGAACAAAGCAGACGACAAGAAAAUCAGCGAAGAAGCAUGGGGAGAGCAAGAGACGCAGAAGCUGAGUUAAACCUACCACCUGGGUUCCGGUUCCACCCAACUGAUGAGGAGCUCGUUGUUCAUUACCUUUGUCGUAAGGCCAGCUACCAGUGUCUGCCUGUUCCAAUAAUCGCUGAGGUCGAUCUCUACAAAUAUGAUCCAUGGCAACUUCCAGAGAAAGCUUUGUUUGGAACCAAAGAAUGGUACUUCUUCACUCCUAGGGAUAGGAAAUAUCCAAACGGAUCAAGGCCCAACAGGGCCGCUGGACGUGGAUACUGGAAAGCAACCGGGGCUGACAAACCCAUUAGACCAACAGGAAGUGCAAGACAUGUCGGUAUAAAGAAAGCACUAGUCUUUUAUUGUGGAAAAGCACCAAAAGGAAUCAAGACUAAUUGGAUAAUGCACGAGUAUCGGCUCACAGAAUCAAAUCUGCGGUCCAACAAAAAUGGCAGCCUAAGGUUGGAUGAUUGGGUUCUCUGUCGAAUUUACAACAAGAAGAACAACUGGGUGAAUUCUCAACAGCAAAAGGAAGAAGACUCCCACGAGGAAACUAUGGACUCCUUUGAGGCAGUUGAAACAGGAUCUGAAAGCUUCAGAACCCCAGAGUCUGAUGUUGAUAACGAUCCUUUUACUGAUAUUAAUGAUAUGGGUGUAACUGAGGUUAGUCCAUCCCAAGCACUACACAUUGAUCAAGUAUCAAGAACUGAUACCAAAGGAAGUUUUCAGAUGGGGGAAUGUGUAAAAGAAGAUAGUGUCUGGUUUUCAGACCUGAAUCUUGAUGAUUUACAGAAUUCUUUUGCAGUACUUGGAGCAACUCCUACUCUAGAUGUAGCAAUCCAAGACUACUACUACUUAGGCCUUUGUUCUCCUCAAUUGAAACCCUACCAGGACAAUCAAUUUCUCUUCUGAACUGUUCUGAAAAUUCUAUUAUUAUCUAUGUACAGAAGAGAACACAAGAGCCAGUAGAUAUGAGAUGAGGCUCUCUCCAUGAUGAUUUACAUGAGAUUCUUUUGUUUGUUUUUCUUUUCCAAAUCACCUCCCCCACAUCCACCCAACCCACCUAAAAGAAUCUACAGGAUUGGAGUGGUGGGAAUGACAAGCAAUUCCAAGAAGAACAGAAAGAAAUUGUUGUAAAUAUUCAAAAUAUACAUAGUAACAUUUUAUUUUCAUGGUCAUUUUCUAUGGUUUCAAGUAUACACCUGAUCCCUUACCCAUCCCCUUAAUGAAGUAAGGACAUUGUACAAGAUGUACAAGAUCACUUACCAUUUCAGAGUGCAAUAGCAAGAUUAACGUUGGAAGCAAGGUCUACCUAUGGAGCUGGACUAUCAAACGGCAAAGCAAAGGAACGAGCCUGAGCUGGUGAACAUAUAGAAUAUACCUGAGUGGAAGAUCCUAUGCUAUGGAUAUAGAAGAUCGCUCGUACACAGGUGUAAGAAGAAGAAGAAUAUUAUGAGAAGGAAUUUAUGUAAAAAAAUGAGUGUUCUAAUGAAAUGUGAUAUCAGCAUAAAGAAAGGCAAAAAAGGUGAGGACUAUAACAUUUAUAAUCUUCCUA